AUGUACCCAGCCAACAGGAAACGGACGGAGGGAGUAGGCACGGCGGCGCUCUGCUUCCUCAACACUGUUGCAACUGCCUCCGACCCCAUCCUCAUCCGCGUUGCCAUUGGCAGCCAACAGUGCAACACAAUGAUUGACACCGGCGCCUCCCACUCCUUCAUUGAGCAUCAGUGGGCCACCCGUUUGGGACUGUCCUAUAUCCUGACGGAUGUAACGGUGUCCACCGCCGACACAACCAACAUCCGCAUUGCCGCCAAAGUGCAAGUGGACCUUGUCAUACACGAGCGGCCCUACCCAAUGCCACUCUGGGUACUCCAACGCGCAGCCCACCGCAUCAUUGUGGGACGCAAUCUCAUGAGCCAGUUACCCCUCACAAUUGGCCUGGAAGGCAACCGCCUGUAUGUCGGCUACCACUACCACUCCAAACAACGGGCCCAGCCAGCCCUCAUUGCAGGCCAUGGCAUACACUUUGUCGAUGGUACAACGCACGAGCAACAGGGAAUCUGCGACAUCUUGCUCCAGCAUCAAGACGCUGUUUUCCAGUGGUCCGGACGACAGGGAUGCCUCCCCAAGUACACUGUCACAUUGGACACCACAGAUGGGGCACUGCCGGCAUCCCCACCAUUCCGCCAAGCGCCGGACAAACUUGCGCCAUUCAAGGAGAUCAUUGCAGAAUACGUCCAGGCCGGGAUCAUUGAGCCGGCAAAGUCCCCCUACAAUUCACUGGCGUUCCUCACGCCAAAGAAAAAUGGCCAAUUGGAUGCUCCUGCCGUACAGCAAUGGCGACUUGUUGAAGACUACCAAAAACUCAACACCUUGCUAGUCCAGGACAACUACCCAAUGCCAAUAAUCCGCGACGUCCUUACAGCCCUGGACAAGGCCGGGGCGGCUAUCAACAUCGCCAAGUCCACCUUCCUUGCCACCCAGAUUGAGUUCCUGGGACUAAUCAUUGACCAAACUGGGGCACGGCCAGCCCCACACAACCUGACCACGGUAGAGCACUACCCUUGUCCUAGCACAACGAAAGAGAUGCAGAGGUUCCUGGGUCUCGCAACAUAUCUAUGGGCCCAUGUGCCCCUCAACUUUGCUACGGCGGAGAAAGUGCUGCGCACCACCAUCCCUGCCAAACCUAGCAUGACCCUCCGGUGGUCAACACCAGCUGAGACUGCGUUUCACGAUCUGAAAACUGCAAUUGCCAACGCAGCCCGCCUGGAAUGCUACGACAAACAGCAACCCAUUGAAGUACACACCGACGCCACCGCGACAAGCCUUGGGGCGGUCCUGGUCCAGGCAGCCAACCUACGCCUGGCGGUACACCCGGGACAAUACCGCAAAGUCAUUGAACGCUACCACAUUGACCUCGGGCAUGCACACUGGAAGAAAGUGCUGCACACACUCCGCGCACGCUUUUCCUGGCCCCACAUGCACCACACAAUCUGGUGCCAACUCGUGGACUGCCCCAAAUGCUUUGCGUAUAACAACAGCACAAAAAUCACAGGAGAAGGCAUGACGGGGAUACCUGUGACAAAACCAUUUGACCAACUCUGCAUCGACUUCUAUGGGCCCCUCCCGCAAUCUACCGGGCUACACAAAUAUGCGCUCAUCGCGAUGGACCAAUUCUCCAAGUUCCUGGUUGCCAUCCCAGUACCGCAAGCAGAUACGGCGACGGCCAUUGCCAACAUCCAUACUAUCCUACAGGACACGUGGGAAAGUUCCUCACCAUCCACUCGGACCGCGCCACAAUCUUUAAAUCCUGCGGGGUGCAAACAACACCUUGCGCAUGCCAAUCACCCGGAGGGCAACGGGACAUGCAAACGGGCCAUUCGCACCAUUGGACCAAUCCAGGCAAAACUGGCAAAAGGGGACAGUGCCAACUGGCAUAUCCACUCACCGACAGCCAUGGCCGCAUAUAAUCUCACGCCACAUACCUCGACGGGGGCUACACUGAGCAAAGUCUUCCUGGGCCAGGAUCCACGCAUGGAGGCCGACAAUCACUUUGGCGCAGCUCCGCCAACCGCCGUCAAAACUGAAGCGGUGGCUGGCUAUCUCCAACAACAACAGCUGCAAUCCCUACAGCAGGCUAACCUGGCCAAACACCCCACCUUCUACCCGGGGGAUAUGGUCGCCGUACGCCCAUGCACCGCGUCCACCAAGCUCCAUGCGGCAUCCCGACGUUUUUGCAAACAACGUCUUGGACUGCAUGCGCCAAGACAGUACACUGUCAGCACCAACGCUUGCAUUGCCAUCAUCCCCGCAUGGGAACUACAACCUUGGGGGUACGAGAAACACCUGAAGUUCCUCCGAGCACCAGCACCACGGGAACCGCCGACAGAGACGAAAGAACACCACUACACCCGGCCACACAACCACUCUGACAUGGCAGACCAUGUCUGCAAGCACCUUUAUUGCACCGCCGUCAGGAAUCUGACACGCGGGCCCUGCCUGCUAACGGGGGCCAAUGACCCCACACGGGCCCAGCACACGCCAACAAUCGAUGUCGCUCUCGACACGUCAUGUAGGAAAAAAGUUGUUGCGCAUCAUAUCAACAAUUUAAAUGAUGAAGAAAGGCCUCUGCAAAAUGUAUCGCAUGAACAGCAUCCUUGGACUCCGGACCCCUGCUGGUUCGACCCCGAGAAGAAGAACCGCCAGCAGCAGCCACCCCAUCACUGUUCUUACGGUUUCCCGUUUCAGACGCUACGUUGUUAUGCCCAGAGGGCACCGAACCCGGGUCUCUGUGACUCGAACGAUGUCGUCGGAACUGAUGCUGAUGGUGUUGUUGAUGAUGGUGGUGAACGUGGGACUGACGUUUUUGAUCCGCACCGCGCGAUGCCGGCGACAUCUGCUGGGAUAACUGGGAUCGUCUUCUGUGAUGGGCCCUGGAUUUUGAAUGAUCUUCCAUAUUCAAACACGUCAUGUUGGAUGUUUGCUUUCAAAUCCAAACUCGGAAUACAUUCCAAAGAAACCCCCCUUGAAAAAAAACUGACCCAGGAAUGUCCAUCCUACCCAGGUGACUUGAUCACCCGAGGAAAAAUGGUCCAUGAUAGUGAAAGAGGUGAUGAAAAGGCAACUGGCGGCCAGGAAGAGGAGACACAGCAUGGCCAGACUGUCGAGGAAGAACUGUUGAAAAAUCCGCGAAAACGUCCCUGGCUUGACCCCCGUCAUCGUCAACGACGCUGA